AUGCUUCAUCUGAUCUCAGUUCUUGCCUUCAUUCCAUUCGUACUGUGUGCCCCCAACUGGGUCACCGUGCACACCUCCAACGGGCCCAUCACAGGCCGUACGACGGACGGCGAUGUCGUCGAGUACUUGGGCAUUCCAUAUGCAGAGCCUCCUGUCAGAUCUCUACGGUUUAUGCCGCCACAGAAGCUGAAGAGCAGCAGGCCAUACGAGGCAGCACACUGGGGAUAUGACUGCCCUCGUCUGAGCUCUCGAUCAUUCAACUACACGUACCUCACAGCCCAGGCACCAGCCAUCUUGGCUGCCUUCACAGCAGGAAACGGAACGCAGAGCGAAGACUGCCUCACCCUAAACAUCUGGUCCAAGCCAACCCCAAGGUCAGUGGUCCACGACAAACCCGUCCUCGUCUUUCUCUACGGUGGCCGAUUCGCCGGCGGCAAUACAAACACGCCAUUCUGGAACGGCCGCUACCUCGCAGCGUCGGAGGACAUUAUCGUCAUCACGGUCAACUACCGCAUAAACAUCCUCGGCUUCCCUGGCUCUUGCUCUUCAACACCAGCUGGGUGUGUACAGAACCACGGUCUCCGCGAUCAGCGCCUCGCAGUCGAAUGGAUCCGCGACAACAUCGCUGCCUUUGGAGGCAAUCCGCAGAAAAUCGUCAUUGCGGGACAGUCCGCCGGUGCUGUUUCUGUGGAUUACUGGACAUAUGCGUACGUUGAGGACCCGAUCGUUGCGGGUUUGAUCAUGCACUCUGGGAGUGCAUUGAGUUUUCCACUGAACACGCCGGAAUAUACUGCGGCUGCGUGGAGGGAUGUUGUACGGGCCGUUGGAUGUGACAGUAAACGUAGUGACAGUAAAAGUAGUGACGAAGUCCACUGUAUGCAGCAGAAGAACUGGGAAGAUAUACGGACUGCCGCUGCUAAUGUUAAACCUGAUAGCAGCACCAAUAACAACCCCCUCCGAUCAACUCCGGCGUUCUAUCCAGUUGUCGACAACGAGACGGUAUUCGCCAAUUACUCUACUUUAAAUAAAGCAGGUCUAUUCGCGAAGUUGCCCAUCCUCAUCGGCCACAAUGACAAAGAAGAGGGCUAUUACGCACUGUCAUCCCUCUCAAAAGGAAUCAGCGCCCUCCCAUCGAAAACACAAAUGACCGAAUUCCACCUGUCCUCAUUCACCUGCCCGAUAGCAGCCCAGGCCGACGCCCGCAUCGCGCACAACGUGCCCGUCUGGCAAUACCGCUACUUCGGCAACUGGACCAACGUGCAGCUCUAUAACUAUACUAACAACAAUAGCAGCGAGCUCACUGCCCUUAGCGGCGCAUACCACGGCAGCGACCUAUUCAUGCUCUUCGGGACGUCCCGCGACGUAACCGGACUCGAGGAUUCCAUGGCGGAGGUGCAGAUGACGCAGACAAUACAGCGGGCCUGGGCUGUUUUCUGUGAUUUCCCGGGGUAUGGGCUUUCUGGUGAGAUGCAUUGGCCGAUGUUUAGUCGGGAGUCAGAGUCGUUGGUCAGAUUGGGGUAUAGGGAUAGUCCCACGCCGGACUUUGUGAGGCCGGGUUUGUAUGAUGGGGGUUGUCAGGCCUUUUAA